UGAUCCUCCAAAACUCUAUUUUUCGCCGCUAUACACCAAACCACUACAACCCUCAGGUCAGUAAAGUCCUCGCUCAGAGUCGAGCAGAAUCUACGUUUGGAAUGCUUACGAUGUUUUUCUAGUCACCAUCUGACUCUCCAGCAAAACCAGGAUGAGUUACGUCGCUAAGGGUGAAAAAGAGUACGACGCUACGGGCGCCCCUGUGCCCCAGGCAAAAAUCCACAAAAUCCGCAUCACGCUCACGAGCAGCAAUGUCAAGAACUUGGAGAAGUUCUCUGCUGACCUGAUUGCUCGUGCCAAGGACAAGCAGCUCCGUGUCAAGGGCCCCGUCCGUCUUCCCACCAAGGUCCUAAAGAUCACCACCCGUAAGAGUCCUUGCGGUGAGGGUUCCAAGACCUGGGACCGCUUCGAGUUGAAGGUUCACAAGCGUUUGAUCGACCUUCAUUCUUCUAGUGAGAUUGUCAAGCAGAUCACUAGCAUCUCUCUCGAGCCUGGUGUCGAGGUUGAGGUUACCAUCUCCGCUUAAUUACUUCCGACGUGACUGUAUCCUAGAUCCCGACACUAUGAUCAUGAUGUUAUGAGAACCCUUCUUUGUGUCAAACCGACUCUGAACUUGAGCCGGUAGGUCCUGAAAGCUCUGGUGCAGGUGGCGCUCUUGAUCCAUCAUCCUCUCCGGCCAAAGAAUGAUUCUUUGCUGGGUGGAGGUAGUCACCAGCCGUUCUGGAACUUCUAUCUCUUUGUCCACCGAUCAAGCGACACUAAGUUCAUGAACUGCUCGAACUUAAGCUCUUCACUCACAGGUCCAUCCCAGUGUGUCUUAGGCUGUGGUACUAGUAGUCGCCAGUUGACUAGGACUCUGUUACCACUGAUUAUCUC